UCGGCUAGCGUAUCAUAAGAGAGCACCCUCAUUAUUUAUUGAAAAGAAGAUGGCGGAGUUCUCCCCAGUCUUGCCACUGCGGGAUGGAGGCGGCCGGUUCGGGCAACCCAUCUUUCCCAGAUCACGGUCCGGAUCAGAGUCUGAAAGUGAACUGUCACAGAGCUUGGCCCGAACCAAGACUCGGUCAUAUGGAAGUACAGCCAGCGUUACAGCGCCUUUAGGAGAAAAAUAUGUCGUGCAUCGGGUUACGGACAGUGACACGCUACAAGGGAUAGCUCUCAAAUACGGCGUUACGAUGGAACAAGUAAAAAGGGCAAACAAGCUUUUCGGGAACGAUUGUAUUUUCUUACGGAACAGUCUGAACAUUCCAGUUCUCUCUGAGAAAUCUGAGCUCUUCAAUGGACUCACAACUCUAGAGUCUCCUGAGGGUGAGGCUAGCGAUGGCUACGCAGUACCGGAAGGGUCCAGUGUGAUUCUGGACACAGAGGAAGAUUCUUCACCCUCCUCUUCGCCUGCCCACAGUGCCCAGGAACUCAAUAGCCAACCCUCCCAGCCGGAGGAACUGUCAGCCAAGGACUACUUGCACAGACUGGACUUGCAGAUUAAAAUAUCAAAACAAGCUGCUAGGAAACUGAAAGAGGAUGGUGUCAGUAUGAAAAUUCUCCAGUUCUCCAUGGCACACUGGCAUGUGGAUAAGCCCAGGUUCUGCUUUGGUGCAGUGGAAGGAUCCAGAACAGCACAAGGCCUGACUGAGUUGUGGGGAACUUUAUGCCAUUUACCAUUCUGUACAGUAAUGGCGUGUCAGUGCACAUCAGCAGUUUUUUUCUUUUUGUUCAUAAAAGCAGUCAUGCGAAGUUUGCUCGUGACGUAGUACAUGCUGCGGUAUUGCAGCUGGUGAACGGGCCUGAAUGUGCGUCAGAUUCUGCGUGUUUUGACUGGCAGCAAUGUGGCUGGAACCUUGCUGAAAUAAGCCAGUGUAAAUACCAGGCCAUUAAUGCUGAGACUGGAGCGAUGCUAUAUUUGUGUGUUGCAUGUGUAUGCAUGCACAUAAGUAACCAAGUUUCUUUUCCAAAACUUUCACAAGAGCUAAAGCUCAAAAGAGGAAAAUGGGGAAAUGAUACUUGAUAACAGUUUCUUAAGGGAAGUUUUUCAGAUCUAUGACUGAAUUGUGUGGUUUUAUUUUUCUUUGUGUAUUUUUUUCUUGUCUGCUGUGUGUAUGCGGUUGAUAUUGUGUGUCCUGCCCUCUGUAAACAUGUAAUGUAGUCGCAUGCUUUUGCAAUCUAAGUACCAAAGAGAUGGAACCUCAGACAGACCAGUUGAAUUAGGCUAUCAGCCCGUACAGACAGAAACCCCUUUUAGAUUAUCAACAGAUUACCAGUUUGAACCUGAACAAAUAUACCCUCAUCCGUUUUGUUUUUGCCAUAUCCGUGCUAACAUAUUUAUUCUAAUGUGAACGUGAUUUAAGUCUCUAAUUAAAGGAGUAUUUCAAUAGUGUAACUGUAGAAUCCCCCAAAUACACCAAAGAGCGGAAGU